GUUGUUUAAGACGCUGAAGCAGGCAGAGCAACUCUCAGAAAUAAAAGGAAACAGUGUGACUCUUAUCAAAGGGAUAAUUAUCAAGAAUAGAAAAAAUGGCUGCGAAAUUUUACGAGCUCUCGGCCAAACUAUUGACGGGAGAAACGUUUAAUUUCGCCUCCCUACAGGGCAAGGUAGUCCUUAUUGAGAAUGUUGCGUCUCUCUGAGGUACGACCACCAGGGAUUACACCCAGAUGAACGAGCUCCACGAGCGGUACGCCGGCAAGGGGCUCGUGAUCCUGGGAGUUCCCUGCAACCAGUUCGGUCAUCAGGAGAACUGCAAGAAUGAGGAAAUCCUCCUCUCUCUGAAGUACAUCCGUCCCGGAAAUGGUUUCCAGCCAAAGAUUCAGCUCCUGGAGAAAGUUGAUGUGAACGGGAAAGAUGCCCAUCCUCUGUUUGUGUUCCUGAGGGAAAAUCUCCCAUUCCCCAGCGACGACCCAGUCGCCCUGAUUAAUGACCCCAAGUUAAUCAUGUGGAGCCCGGUCUGCAGGAACGACGUGGCCUGGAACUUCGAGAAGUUCCUCAUCGGGUCAGAUGGAGUGCCGUUUAAGCGCUACAGCAGGAAGUUCCUCACCAGCGCCAUCGAGGGAGACAUCAAGAAGCUCCUCAGCCAGGCAAAGUAAAGAAGCUGUCCUACAAAGUGUUGUACACCUCACAGCUUCCACUUGCACCAGCUUUUCAGCCACAAUGUGUGUGACCUUCGGUUCACCUUUGGGCUCAUAGUUUUUCCCUCCAUAGCUUCUGUAGAUGGUGUACGACACUAUUCCAGACCACCUGUGCUCUCUUGUAUACGAUGAUGGCUGUAUUCUGUUCUUUUACUAAAUGAAGGCAUCCUCUGAAACCAACUCGUUGUGAGGAGGGUAUCUGAUGAAAUGUAAAAGGCUGAAUGUUUUCAGCUGCAAUGUGUGCAUGUAAAGCAAAGUUGUGUUUUAACAGGACCAAUAAAUGUAUAUUUUCAAA